GUAGGGUGGAGGUGAGGAUACCAGGAGCCAGGCUGCAAGGGUUCCUUCCCAGCUCUGCAUAGGGAGCUGGCGGUGGCGACAUGACCAAGGCUGUUCUGCUGGGAGGUGCACCGGGUCGAUGCAGCGGUCCAGGACUGAGGGGGCAACGGACGAAGCGGGGGCGGGAGAAGGCCUGAGAAAUGAGUGGCCGAACUGGGCUCUGUGGAGAGCCUGGGAGCACUGGUGGGAGGGCCCAGGUGGAGCUCGGCGGCGCUGGUCUACCUGGUACUCCGGCUCCUGCUGGUGGGUGCCCCUGCAGCGGGCCCUGUGGCUGCUUGAGUCGGGCCUGUACCUGCUGCUGUCCCUGGGCCUGUGCCAUGCUCUCUUCACCACGGGGUGCCACCUGCUGCGCUCGCUCUGGCCGGUGGUGGCCGCGAUGUGGAAGCAUCUCCUCCCCGCCCUGCUGCUUAUGGCCUUGAGCGCGCUGCCGGCCCUGCUUUUUGCGGCUUCCUUCCUUCUGCUGCUCUCCACCCUCCUCAGCCUGCUGGGGCUACUGACCGGCAUGUCCCGGCCUGGACCUGUCAUCAGCCUCAAUGCCAGCCUCGACCCUGGCUCCAGGUCCAUGUAAAGUCAAGGGACCACCAUCUGCCUCCUAACACUACCCCCAAUUCAGCCUUGGCCUUGAACCGUCCUCAACCCCAUCCAAUACAAGGGACGGGCCUUUGCCCCCUGCCACCGCC